CUGGAGGCGCCGACGCCGUGUCGUAUUGGUGCUUGACGGUGGAGUUUUUCACUUUUUCUAGGUUCUUCUCCUGCUUCUCUCUCUCUCUCUCUCUCCCCUGAAUCCGAGGUGGAGAAGAAUCGCCAGUUGUUGUACAGUAGGUUUCCCAAGAACGGAACUGCAGGAUACUUGUCUCUCUGUAUCUGCAUCCUCAUCUACGAUGGAUUGCAGUGGAGGGCGGAACCUGCUUAAUCAGUUUGCAGACAAAACUCCUAAAAAUCGGGCCAAGGAAAAUAGAGAGAGUUAUCAAACUGUUAAUACUUGGAACCAGCUUGGGUUUGAUGAGAAGAAGGCGGCAGUUGACAAGGAGAUGAAGAGAAUGAAUCAAUUGCCUGCAAACAGCUCAUAUGCAACUCAUCGUUUGAAGGUUCUCAACAAGGUUUUGCAGCUAAUGACAAUUCAGAGAACGACCUCGCAAGAUGAAGAGCUGGAAUUGCUAUUUGCUAGCCUGUCUCUGUGAUGGAAUUUCCUGGGACCGACUCGAAACAGGUGCUG